AGGGCGGGAAGCGGCGGCGGGCGGUGUGGUGAGAUGCGGCGGCAGCAGCAGCGUCAGGAGCAGCGGGGUCGGUCACUACCGGGUGCUGUCGGGGCGCUGUGCCGGGCUCUACCGCCCCGCGCACGGCCCGCCCCCGACACCCUCCGCUGCGCCAAGUUCGACCGGCCGCAGGCGAGCUUGGAUUUCUGGAGGCUGCUCUAUGCUCUUCUGAAACAAAUCCAUGGACACAAGUGGGCAGAGUCUGAUGCCAUAGAUAACCAAAUUAGGUUUGUGAAGGCAGCAUUGUGGUACCAUGGCUAUGACAGGCCAGAACUCUAUCGGCUCCCCUCUGAUGGCUCAGCGGGUAGUCGGGAGCUGCUGCUGGCAUUUUCCUGGCUGCUGCACAGAAUAAACCUCUUGGAGCAGCUUUUGGCUCGGAACAGAGUAAAGACUGGAGAUGAGACCUCUGUUUGCACGUGUGAAGAUGAUCUGUCUAACAGCUUGAAGGGUACAACUGAAAAAGCACCUGAACCUGGGCUAGAAGGUGGAGUAGAUGUUCGAUACCUUCAGUGGUUAAAUGGGAGGCUGAGGUUCCAGUGGCGAAGUUUGCAUGCUCAGCACCAAGAGCAAUGCAAACUUUUGCACAAGAUCCAUUUAUUCACUAGUGGCUCCCAUAUGGACGAGAUCCUUGGACAUUUUUCUGUCACAGAAACAGAUCUUGUUAGACAACCGGAGAACUACAAGCAGCUAUUACAGCUUCUGGAGUCUGAAACCAUGCAGCUAGAAGCCUUUCUGGAGUGGAAGCAACUGGAACCAGUUUAUUGGCAGUGGAUGGAAACUGUGUUAGAUAAUAUGGCUGAAGAGGGAAAUAUGUGUGAGUCCCAGGACACUCAUGUAGAGGGAAGCGAGCUGCCAAAGGUGACCUCGUGCUGCCCCUGGGCUGACAAUCUGACUGGGCAAAUUGACAGAUUAUCCAGAGACCUAAUGACACUCCGUGACCAACUGCAUAAGCUUGUAACUCGCCGAAAGGCUGCAUGGUGUGAGAAGGUGAAAACAAGAGAGGAAGAGCUACAAAAGGAGGAGUUCUCUGCCACUGCUAGAAAGAUACAGGAACAUGUUGAACUAAAACUGUUAGAUCUUACAUACCUUUGUGCUCCUCCCAAAAAAAGAAUGCAUGGUUCUCACAGACUAGUGUUCAGAAGCAAACAUCCUGCCAGCAAAAUGGUCUUUGGUAGGUCUGUAUCCAAGGAGUCUGUUUCAACUGUCAGUGCUACAGAGGUGAUCAGAGAACUGCAGAUGAGAGAGGCCAGCCUGGCAAGAGAGCUGAAGCAACUGCAGGAAGAGAGCAGACAGAGGCUGGAUGAAGUUGCAGAAGGGCUGGAUGGAGUGAUUUGUAUCUCCCCUUGAAGAGGUAAAGCUGGACUGAGAGGAGCAAAGGAAUAGACUUGACUUGAUCAGAACAUACUCUGCAGCUUGGCAUGGGGGAGUGUGAGGUGAGGAACCAAGUGUAAUUUCUGAUUUUUAAGCAUGUCAUAACUUGUUACUGCUUUGUGAUUUGCACUGAGGCCAUGACCUUGGUGGUUCUCUCUGCAGCCUGUUUAUUGCUAACCUUGCCAAUUAAAUUCUGCAGCAGGCCUUGGUGGGAGUGUGCAUAGAUCGCCUUUUUAUCUUCCAGAUUUCUAGUUCCUCUGCCAAGCAGUGGCCUCUCUUACGGUGCUCAGCUGCUAGGCACAGCAUACAUUGACACUGCACAUUGAAGUACUAAUUGCAUUCAAUAUUUUCCAGCAAAUGAAAGAGUUAAUUAGUCAGAAAAAUCCAGGUAUUGGAGAACGUGCAAAGUACCAAAGCUUAGAUUGAAAAUGUUCAGGAAAGCAUGCUGGUCUAAUUCAGCUGGUUUGCAUAUUUGUGGGAGCUAUAAUGCAGUUGUCAUAAGGAAAACCAAAUACCUAAUAAUAAAUAAAGCUGCACACUGGUUUCAUUUACUGGUGUGUUGCACUUGAAGUAAUUGGGUUCUCAGAGAAAAAACUCAAAAUCUCUUCCACCGAGUUAUGAGUCACAAUGAAGUAACUAUGGAUCUGCUAUAGGAAGUUCCUGUAAAAUAGAAGUAUGACCUUAACUUCCAAGCUUGAGGAGUCUCCAAGCUCUGUCUCUGGAGACCUCUUCCCCUGGAACAUGCAAAUGUUUCUCACUUGGUUUUCAUUUCCUACCCUUUUCUGUUUUGCUUUCACUAAAGAAUAUUUUUAUAUUCUGGUUGUACACUUUCAGAAUAAAUAAAUUUUGAGAAAACA